GCUCUGUGGUUCGAACUCUGACCCCGAGUGAUGGAGGCGGCCAGGCAGAGGGAAACCGUGAUCAGCGAGCUGAGAGCCAUCCAGGGCAGCACUUCCGGCCUUGUGAAAUCUCUGAGAGUGCUGGUUAAAUUCACAGAUCCUGAGAAAGGAGAACUGAGCCAGGCCCAAAACCAGGUGUUGGAUUCUUUGACUGUUUGGAAAUCUCUCUUUGCUGCAGCCUCUCCCCCUCCCACCACAACACCCUGAGCAAUGUCUGAUCCAGAAAGAAAGGACAACCCCAUUCAGCCAUUCAGGGCUUUUGCCUUUGAAGCCCGUGCAGACCCUGACACCCUUUCACUCAGUGAUUCAGAUCCUGAAUUAUCAGAUGAAGCUGAUGUUGCGUAUAAUAGUGCAGAGGAAGAAGAUGAUUUAGAAGAUGCUGCUGAACCAGAUAGAGUAGAAAGGCCACCUGUAGUGCCUUUCACUUUAAAGGGGACCGAUGCUACUUUUUUUCAGCGUAGCCAAGGCAUCUUUGGAGCCCUGAAGGAAGUGCAAAUGCAUUUGCCUCCUGGGCAGAAAAUUGAGAGAGUCAAACAUCAGAGUAGCUCAUCGGAUGAUGAGGCAACCGAAACUCCCAAGCCAAAAAAGCCAUUAGAGAAAAGUCAGUCAAAGGAUAUCACAGAUUCUCAUUCACCAAAUGCUGGUAAAUCUGGUCAGGUGUCUCAGCAGUCAGGUGCAGUAGAUACAGCAAAGUCUGCUUCUACAAUGCCAGAUUACUUGACACACCCAGAGCGCUGGACUAAAUACAGUCUGGAGCAAGUGCCAGAAUCAAGUGACCAUAUCAACCGUAAUGCUGCCCUGAGUUUCUUAGCAGAGUUAAAGCAGAAAAAGGAUGCGAAGACUGUGUCACCUGAUCCAUGUUCUCUUCCUUUCAAUCAAGACUCUUCCAGCAGUGGAGGCGGAAGGAUUCUCUUCUCAAAGCCUCUAAAGGUUGCUCGGGGCAUUGGUGAGAAAAGCGAGUCACAUUCACCACACAUGAGUGUUUCUGGAGGAUGGGAAGAGGAAGUGCAUGAGAAGAGUGAGGCAACAGCGGAUACGGCAGAAAGCUCCUCCUUGGGGUUUCAUGGAGUAAAAAAACGUAACCGAAAAAACAUCCGCACAAAAGCCAACUUAAGUGGAGAGGAGAACUCUGAGUGAAUACUUAAAUUGAGAUACUCUGCUCCAGAGUAACCCAUUGUAUGAUAGUAGCUUCAUUUCCUCUGACUUGUGUAUAAAGUUUUGAAGUUUUAUGAUGCUUGUUAUUUUUUUUCUUGUGAAAUUUAACCCUUCUGUUAUUUGAACAGAUCUACAGUGUUGUUGAAAGUCUUGAAAUCAAAUAAGAGCAGGUAGAGGAAAUGUAAUGCUUGCCGACCCCAUAUUAAAAUGACUUCUAGUUGUAUAUGGAGAUACAGGCUUGUACACACCUGGUUUGCACUGCAGCAUAUGGCAUUGUUUGAAGCCCACCCUUCGUUACUGAAAACUCAGCCUGCCUUGUACCCAUCUUUAUCCAUCAGUUUUAUAGUGACUACUCCUAUUAAAUGUUAUAAAAUAUUA